GGUAGUUCCGGUCAGUUUUCAAAAAAUAUCGAUUGUGCAGAUCAUCAGUAACAACAGAGCUUUAAAAUUAUCGCCAAUUCCGUUAGUUCAAGCUAACUACGUGUGGAGGGUGACAGUCAGUUCCAUUUGACAUGGAUGAAGAAGAGGUGGCGCAUCGUAUUGUAGAUGAGGCAGUGGAUGAGGAGACAUUGGCAACAUGGACCAAGAAAGAACUGGUGAUUUGGCUGGUGAACCACAGACAGAAGAAGUCUGGAAACAAACAGAUCCUCAUAAAGAGAAUACUCCGCACUGUGCAGUUUGACGACACUGACUCAGAUUGUGAGACUGAUACAGACAAUGUAUCUGAUGAGAUUCCGGAUAUAAGUAGUGUUAAAAGUGAAUGGCAGCCACUAGCAACUGACAACUGUCCACCAACAAGAAGUGAGGAUGUGGAGAACUAUUUUAUAUACAACAAGAAUCCAGUGUCUGGAAAAACUCAGGCCUGUCAUAGACAGUUAAAAAAAGCUAGGAAAUUUGCCAAGGAAGGUUAUGUGUAUGACAUGGACUAUAAUGGACUGGACAAUAGCAACUAUUGUUUAAUUAAAGCCAAGUGUAAACCAAGCAUGAAAGAACUUGUUACUGUGGAAUGUGGACAAUUGGCGAGAUAUUAUUCACUACAUGCUGUUUUGAUUAAAAGUACAGGAAGAAUCGAGGGUGGCAAGUGCAAUUGUAAAACUGGUUUGACUGGUUUGUGUAGCCAUAUUGGGGGCCUUCUUAUUACAGUUGUGCAAAUUAAGAAUGCCUGUACAACAAAAGGCUGCGAAUGGCUGCGGCCACAGACUGACCUGCAGCUGAAGCCGCAAAAACUUAGAGACAUCAAGUUUAGUAGUAAUGAGGAAGCACCCAUAAAGCCUCACCCAGAAGUAUACCAGGCAGGGCCGUGCCAGGAUCCUGAAAGAUUUCUUGAAGACAUCAUGGCCGGACUUGGAAAGGUGUACCCCCAGUCCGUCUUAUAUCAGACCAUAAAUCCUGAGAUUACCGACGUUUCAGAUGUCAUCUCCAAAUACAAACCCCCAUUUAAGUAUGAUGACAGUGUGGACUUAAGUUCAACUGUGUGCCAGUCUGAAUUCAGAAACUUUGCUGCUGGAAUAGAAGUCAGCGACAAGGAAAUAGAAAGAGUGGAAAAGUCUACGAAAGGACAAAGUGCCAAUCCAAUUUGGAAAGAUGUAAGAACAAACAUACUUACAGCUUCAAACUUUGCGUCUAUAUGUAAAAAACGACCCGAAACAAAACCUGACAAUCUUGUUGGUAGAUUGCGUGGUUAUAGGAGCAACUUUGAUGGGAAACCCCUACAAUAUGGGAGGAAGAAAGAGAGUCAGGCACGCCGAGACUACACACAACACCACAUGAAGCAGUGUGGAAGAGUUAAUGUUGAGAAAACCGGACUAAUGAUUUCUCAGGACUUUCCAUUCCUUGGUGCUAGUGUGGAUGGUCUUGUUAGAUGUGACAAAUGUGGGCUGGGUGUAUUGGAGAUUAAAUGUCCAUAUAAUAACAGAAAGACGACACCAAGGGAACAUAGCCAAGUGAAAUCAUCGUGUUUGGAGAUUCGUGAUGGUAAAUUAAAGCUUAAGGACAACCAUGAUUACAUGUACCAAAUCAUGGGCCAGAUGAAAGUAUUGGGGUUAGACUGGUGCGACUUUGUUGUGUGGACAAAGAAGGGGAUACAUGUUGAAAGAGUGACAUUCAGUCAAGAUUUUUGGGAAAAUAAGAUGCUCUUCCAGCUGAAAUUUUUCUAUAAUUCAUUCUUUCUUGCGGAGUGCUUUACUGACCGAAUUAAACGUGGAAUAGAUUUAUUUCAUUCAGAUUAGAAGCAUAGAGAUUCGAAAUCAUAAACUUGUUGUGACGCUUACUGUUACUGAGAUUACUAUUAUUCUGCUCUGUUUUUACUGUAAAACUUUGUUAUCUCAAUUUCAAUCCAAUAAAGGGUCUUGUCAAAAAUGUAACAAAUUUCAAACAUCAGACUUUUACUCACAGUACCAUAUGCUCCUUAAUGACAAGUUAUAUAACUCUGGCUUGAAUAUUGUCAAAGUUGUGGCCCUUUGUAAGUGGCCAUUUAUUGAAUUUCAACAUUUUUUGUCUAUCAAGAUAUUCUUUAAAUAUGGAAGUUCGAACAAACAUUGCUAGAGAUAAUGCAAACAUGUUUAGCGUUGUCCAUAAUUCUGGCUUUUAUUAUUAUUGAUUUAAUGAGUUACAUGUAUGCCCCUUUUUAGCUCCACUGGCCGAAGGCCAUGGAGCUUAUGUCGUCACAGAUUGUCCGUCGUGAGUGCGUGCGUGCGUGCGUGCGUGCGUAAACUUUUACUUUAAACGACAUCUCCUCUGAAACUGAUAAGCGGAUUUUGACAAAACUUCACAGGAAUGUUCCUUUGGUGGUCCUUUACCAAAAUUGCUCAAAUGGUUCCGGUCCAUUGCACAAUAUGGCCGCCAGAGCUAAAAAUAGCAAAAUCUUUAAACGACAUCUCCUCUGAAAUGGUUCGGCAGAUUUUGAUGAAACUUGACAGUAAUGUUCCUUGGGUGGUCCUUUAUUAAAAUUGCUCAAAUGGUUCUGGUCCAUUGCACAAUAUGGCCGCCACAGCUAAAAAUAGCAAAAUUUUUAAACGACAUCUCCUCUGAAACGGAUAGGCAGAUUUUGAUGAAACUUGACAGAAUUGUUCCUUGGGUGGUCCUUAACCAAAAUUGCUCAAAUGGUUCCGGUCCGCUGCACAACAUGGCUGCCAGGGCAAAAAAAAUAGAAAAACCUUUAAAGAACAUCUUCUCAGAAACCGAUGAUCAGAUUUUGAUGAAACUUAACAGAAAUGUUUCUUGGAUGGUCCUUUACCAAAAUUGCUCAAAUGGUUCCGGUCCAUUGCACAAUAUGGCCGCCAGAGCUAAAAAUAGCAAAAUCUUUAAACGACAUCUCCUCUUAAACGGUUCGGCAGAUUUUGAUGAAACUUGACAGUAAUGUUCCUUGGGUGGUCCUUUAUUAAAAUUGCUCAAAUGGUUCUGGUCCAUUGCACAAUAUGGCCGCCACAGCUAAAAAUAGCAAAAUCUUUAAACGACAUCUCCUCUGAAACGGAUAGGCAGAUUUUGAUGAAACGUGACAGAAUUGUUCCUUGGGUGGUCCUUAACCAAAAUUGCUCAAAUGGUUCCGGUCCGCUGCACAACAUGGCUGCCAGGGCAAAAAAAUAGAAAAACCUUUAAAGAACAUCUUCUCAGAAACCGAUGAUCAGAUUUUGAUGAAACUUAACAGAAAUGUUCCUUGGAUGAUGGUCAUUAACCAAAAUUUGUUAAAUGGUUCCAGUCCACUGCACACCAUGGCUGCCAGAGCUAAAAAAUAAAAAAAAAACUUUAUACGACUUGUCGUCGAAACCGAUGACCUUUUUUCGAUAAAACUUGACAGAAAUGUUUGUUUGGUGCUCCUUUACUCAAAUUGCCCAAAUCAUUUCGGUCCACUGCACAACAUGGCAGCCAGAGCUAUUAAAGUAAAAAAAAUUUUUAAAUAACUUCUCAAAAAUUGAUGAUUGUAUUUCUAUGAAACUUGACGAAAAUGUUCGUUAGGUGGUCUUUGCUUGAACCUUUUGGCCAGUGGAGCACAGGCACUGAUGUGCCUCUUGUUCUACUUUAUUAGAAGAAAGUACGAGCUCUGGCGUUUGCUCCGUGGCAGUCUUGUUAAAAGAUAUGAAUUGGCAUAUAGAUUUGCUAUAUUGAUUUCAUUCUGAAAAGCAUAACAUUUGUAUAAAAAGAAUUAUCACAAGAGUUGACGCUUUCAUUUCAGAUCUGUCGUCUAUCAUGCUUGCAUGUAUUUAUAAUAAUGAUUUAACUUAGCUGAUCCAUAUAGCUAGAAUGAAACCCCGCUGUGAUAAACUCUUAGUAUAGAUACUAGAUUAUAAAUGUUUUGAUUUCUAUUGAUGACUUCCCUAGCUUUAGUCAACUUCAUUUAUGGAAUUUUGAUCUAGUCAUGCAUGUAUAAUUAUUGUGUACAUGUACAUAUGUUGUUUGUGUUGUGUUGAAAAUUAAUUAACUUAUUAGAUACUGA